AUGGACCUGGGACUAAUCACUGAGCCAUACACGGGCAACACAGGCUGUAUGAAGGCAAUUUCUGGUGUAAAUAUAUAUCAAUACAACCACAUAGACAGAGUGAAGGCGACGGUAGUAGUCCGUGCAGGGAUAGGAGCCAUUAUGGGUAUCAGCAACUAUUCUAACAAUAAUAUUUCAAUAGUUCAACUGAUCACAAGGAAAUUUAAAAUGUAUAUAGUUAGUGUAUACAUAGAGCCUAGAGAAGACCCUAAUGGAAUAAUAAAUAAAAUAGAAACCUUCAUCAAACACCACCCACAUGCACACAUACUAAUUGGUGGCGACCUAAAUGGAUGGCAUCCACCAUGGGGCUCUGAAAAAUCUAAUAAAAGGGGGAAUGAAUUACUCAAGAUGAUAUUAGGAAAUGAUCUAAUAAUAGGAAACAAAGGAACUACACCAACUUUC